AUGCCUGGCGGAAAGGGAAAGUCGAUCGGCGGAAAGGGUGGUUCCAAGGACUCUGCGGGGAAGGCCCAGAAGUCUCACAGCGCGAAGGCUGGUCUGCAGUUCCCCUGUGGUCGUGUUAAGCGUUUCUUGAAGAACAACACCCAGAACAAGAUGCGUGUGGGUGCCAAGGCCGCCGUUUACGUGACAGCAGUCUUGGAGUACUUGACUGCCGAGGUUCUUGAGUUGGCUGGUAACGCUGCCAAGGACUUGAAGGUUAAGCGUAUUACCCCUCGCCACCUGCAACUCGCCAUCCGUGGUGAUGAAGAGCUGGACACUCUCAUCCGCGCUACCAUCGCUUUCGGUGGUGUUCUACCCCGUAUCAACCGCGCUCUGCUUCUGAAGGUGGAGCAGAAGAAGAAGGGCAAGCCUGAGCUGUGA